UCAGAGCUAACAUGCAUGUCUCGAUGCGUUUCGUUAUAUUGAUAAUUAUUUUUGCUCUCAGAUCAGGUGAAAGCCUAAAGUGUUUGCGAAGCUUUAAAUUUGAAUCUCAGUCUCAACAACAGAUUGAAAAGGAAUGCUCAUCUAACGAACAUGUGUGUAGUGUAGCAAAGGGGACAUUUGAAACGAUUGGUAGGAGGUCCAGUUUUGAGAUAUGGGACUGUAUUAAACUGACUGGAAAAUGUGCAGAACAAUGUAAGAAGCACUGGGAACGAGUGAAAAAGAAUCACAAACUACAAAGUACAGCCCAUUUACUCUCAUGCGAGGCAUAUUGCUGCGACAAAGAUCUCUGCAAUGACCUCAUGUUGGAUCAGAAUACAACAUUAAAGAUAUCCAUACAGUACACGAAUAGAGGUCAUGGUCCAGCAUCAAAGAAAUUUUUACAAUACACAAAAGGCUAUUUUCCAACAUUACAAACUUCUACUAAAUAUAUGAAUCCAGCAAACAUGACAGGGAAGUUAACACAACACACAUCUCAGAAGGAUUCGAUGAAAACUGUUAUAGUUGCGACGUUCACUGCCAUAUUGAUUUUGCUGGCAAUAGUUUUGACUGGUACAAUUGGAAUGCAGUAUCGACGAAGAAAAAAAAAAGAACAACAAGACUUCGAAAGACAAAAAAAGCAGAGAAAAAUACAACAGCAUCAACAGCAGCAACAACAACAACAACAACAACAGGCAAGACACAUAAUACAGCAAAAGCGAAGAGAAAAAAAUCAGCGUUUUGGAGGGAAAACUACUUUUUAUACACCUUUAGAUGUUAAUAACAUCCCAGUUAGUCCAUAUAAAGCCUUAAACUUUGGUUACCCAAAUGGAAUUGAAAAUGAAGGAUGCACAACACCAAGCAGUCCGACUAAUGCACAAGAAAAUUGUGUGUAUGAAUUACCGUCAAGAUGUGAUGCACCACAAUACAAGGAUAAACCACCUCAAAGCAAGGUGAGGGAACUAGAUAACGGAUUGGAUGUGGAAUUUCAGCAAGAAUAUGACAGUGAAUCUGCAACAAAAAGCAACGUUGAGAUGACGCAAGGAGAAAGCAUGUAUGCAGAAACGGAUGACACUCAUAUAUACAAGAUACUCGAAAUACCACAUAAAUAUGCGACGCGUCCGCCAAAAUAUACCACGUGAAACUAUCUGGCUAAUAAAGUAAUAAAGAAUAGUAAUAACAAUAUCUUAAUGUUGAAGCAUUAUUUAAGAAUAUUUUGUAGUAUAAGAAAUUACUUUCACUCUUUUGUAAUUCUAGCAAUAGACUUUAUUUUUUGUUGCUUACAUACACAUUUUUAUAUGAAACACAAAAUUUGGGUGGAGGCUCAAUGUUGUUAAGUUUUCGUGUUUUAC